AGGUUUAGAGCAAAAAUAGUAUUUAAAAGUUGAUGGAAUAUAGUUAAUCGUGUGUUUACCACGAUCGGAUUAAGUGAAAUUUUUCUUCAUCCUUCUUUGUUUUUAUUGAUUGCAAGGCAUAAAAUGUUUAAAUUAUUUUUUGCCAUAACACUGUUAGCUUUCGCCAAAGCUGAUUUAAAAAGUUUACCUUUAAAGAGGACGGAGAACUUUCAAAAAUCUUAUGGCAAUAUUUUAGCAGAAUUAGCGCUGUUGCGUAGCAAAUAUGGAUUGCCUAGCAAUGAUGGUGCGGUCAGACAACAAUUAUCUAAUCACCUGAAUGUGGAGUAUUAUGGCAAGAUUACUGUUGGUACUCCGCCUCAAGAAUUUCUUGUUCUAUUUGAUACGGGUUCUUCAAAUUUCUGGAUCCCGUCCAGCCGUUGUCCUGUCAGCAAUCAAGCUUGUCAUAAACAUCAUCGAUAUAAUUCGUCAGCUUCUAGCACUUACAUACCUAAUAAUGAACCCUUUUCUAUUCAAUAUGGAUCUGGAAGCGCGAAAGGAUUCUUCUCAACUGAUAUUAUAAACGUUGGUGGUUUCGCUAUUGAAAAUCAAACCUUUGCGGAAACUACUGAAACUCCCAGCACCAUAUUUAUGGAAACAAAUUUUGACGGUGUCUUUGGUUUGGGAUUCAAAAAUAUUGCUAUUAAUGAUGUGGUGCCGCCUUUCUACAAUAUGUACGCCCAGGGUCUAAUCGAUAGGAAUGUCUUCUCUUUUCACUUGAAGCGCGAUGGUACUAACGUUAAUGGCGGACAAUUGAUUUUUGGCGGUUCUGAUGCCAGCUUAUAUUCCGGUAAUCUAACUUAUGUUCCAAUUAGCGUUCAAGGCUAUUGGCAAUUUGAAGUAGAUAGCAUCACUAUUGCAGACGUCAAGCUAUGCAAUCGCUGCCAAGCUAUUGCUGAUACCGGUACUAGCUUAAUUGUGUGCCCUAAAGAAGCUUAUCUAACUUUGAACAAAUAUAUCGGCGGUAUAGCUAUGGAAGCGGAAGGACUAUAUUUGGUAGAUUGCUCGACAGUUUCCAGUUUGCCCGACAUUGACUUAACUAUUGGAGGCACGACGUUUUCUUUAACGCCUAAUAUGUACAUUACCACUGUUCAUAGCGAUAUCAUAGAGUUUUGUUUUUCUUCCUUUACCACUUUAGACAUGGAUUUAUGGGUCUUAGGAGAUACAUUUAUAGGACCUUAUUAUACUGAAUUUGAUUUAGGCAAUAACCGCAUUGGUUUUGCUCCAGCUGUUUAGAUGCAAAUUGAAAUAAAUUUUAAAGAAUCAUUAUAAAAUGAAUAUAGGCGACAAGAUCUCUCAACGGAUUUUAUAAAUUAUAUUUUAGACAAAAAAAAAUAUCAUCUGUUUUUGUUCUAAAGAUAAAGAAAUAAAGUAUUAGCACUAAAAAUAUUCUACCAAACUAUUCAUAUGGGUACAAACAUUUUUGCGUUCAGUUCAUUUUCAAAACUGAAGAUUUUGAAGAACGUUUAUUACUCAAAUCUUGAUUAU